UGCUCCCGCAGAAGCAAAAGCCAUAAAAAUAAAUCAUAUUCUCCACAGGCACAAGGUCUUUGCGCGUUCCCACACCCUCCCUUUGUAUAUAUAGGGUAUAGCCCAACAACGUAACAGCAACCCCACAUCCUCAUAUAUCAAUCAUAUUCAUUUCCCAAUUCAUUCUUUUUCUUCUUUCUACUUAGAGAUUUAAAAUGGCUUCAGCUCCUAUUCCUACUACUAACAAUACUACUCCACACCAUGUGGGAGAUCCUUCAAUCACAUUCUAUGCGGACGGCGACAAGGAGGCUAUGAAAAUUCCACCCAAACAUCUUAACAUUGUUUGGGGCCGAGACAACCGAUACUGGAAAGUACCAGAUGAUGAUGAGGAAUCGAGUGCUGAGUUAAAUCAAGUGUGUUGGCUGGAGGUAACUGGUUCGGUGGAGGGCACCCGCCCCAACAAGCAGUAUCAAGUGGGGUUUCAUGUAUCGUUUACCCCUGAUGCCUUCGGCUGGGGAGGCUCUCCUCUCUACAUCAUGGUUAAGAGAGGCAAGGAUGGGAAGCCUGUGUGGAGAAAGUUGUUGUUGAACCCUCAUCAAACAAAGGAAUGUGAUAUUACAGCCACCACCAACCCUCACUCCAAUGAUCCAAAACUUUACUUUGGUCUCUAUGAAUUGUGGAGCGGCAAGUGGAAGGGAGGUCUCAAAAUUCACCACGCCUUUAUACGACAAUUGCCAUGAUCAACUAUAUAUGUAUAUAUAUAUCCUACUCU